GUUUCUGCUGCAUCCGAAGGUGCGCGCCUUGUCGCUCGCCCAGCGCGUGGAUUUCCUGGAAAAGAAAGGUUUGUCGCCCGAGGAGAUUACGCAGUGCCUCAAGAGCGUGGAACGUCGCAACGGCCUCUCGCAGGUGGCGCAGCGCACGAUCAAAGGUCUGGCGGAUCUGAGGUCACCAGGACCGAACGCUACGGCCUCCACAUCGCCAUUUCGACUGCUGCAGCUCGUCGUCAAGAAAUACGGCGUUGUGACGCUGCUGUUGGCGCUACUGGGCUACGGGUACACGCAGUUCAGGAGGCGGAAGACGCAACAGCUGCUGCUUCAGCACGAGUCUGAGAAGACACAACGUAGAAAGCGCAUGCACACGCGGGUGGAGGCGCUGAUGGCCGUGGUCAAGGACCAACAGGCACAAUACAGCCAGGCAUCAGAGCUGCUGGGAGCGCGCGUGACCAAAUAUUUGGCCGCGCAACAGGCUGCGACGGAGCAACCUAAGGCAAAUACAUCAAGCAUGCAGCUCUCGAGAGGACUGGAGCUGCAGGCGCUACAGAGUGAACUGAUGGAGCUCAAGAGCACCGUCCUGGACACGUAUCUACAGCCGCGGAUUGUACGCAAAGUGGUGGAGGUGACCAAGGAGAUCCCGAUCGUACUGAGACCUUCUGGAACUACUGCGACGGAGAGGCUUGCGCAAGGGACGGAAGGUAAGCAGAACGGAGUCAGAGACCAGACUUCGAUGAGUCCUGAGGAAAUAGCCGAGCUGUUUGAGCGCGGUCACGUUGAGGAGAAGCUGUCCACAGCUAGCACCUACAGGGUCUUGUUUGCAACUCAAUAA